UGUAGUGGCGAUAAGAUUACUUUGGGACAAGUAAAAAUACUUCGCUCAUUAUAAUGACAUUUAAUUUAAGUGAUUUCAGAUAACGUUGACUGAAGACUGAAUAGUUACAAUCCAACAUGCUGGUGCAAAGAUUUGAUAAACUGCGUUCAUUAACCAAAAUCGUGAAUAGUCGUACGCUUGCGACAAAAACUCAGCAUCAUACCGAAAAUGUAGGACCGGUAGUGUUCGAGAGGCUUCUGGGGCCAGACCGCGGCAUCGCUAUAUACGGCCUAAACAGUCCUAAAGACAGGAAUGCGCUUGGGUUCGGCCUCCUGGACGCGAUGAAAGAAGUCAACCAGAUCAUUCGAGAAGACACCAAAUUGUCGGUCGUUAUACUACACAGCUUGGUUCCCGGCAUAUUCUGCGCCGGGGCCAAUCUAAAGGAGCGUUUCAAGAUGUCAGAUGAUGAAGUGGCGAAGUUUGUUCGUGGUCUCAGAGGAACCUUCAUCGAGAUUGAAGACCUACCGAUGCCUACUAUCGCGGCUAUAGAGGGUGUUGCUGUUGGCGGCGGCCUGGAGCUUGCGCUCGCGUGUGACAUCAGGAUAGCUGCGGAGACUGCAAAACUUGGACUGGUGGAGACUGGCAGAGGCCUUAUACCCGGCGCAGGAGGCACGCAGAGACUCCCGAGGGCAGUGCACUUGCCGAUCGCCAAAGAGUUGAUUUAUACCUCAAGGGUCGUCGGCGGGAAGGAGGCAAAAGAAUUGGGAAUAGUAAACCAUGUGGUGCCUCAGAACAGCGCUAACAAUGCAGCGUUUGAGAAGGCGCUUACAUUAGCGAGGGAGAUCAUCCCCAAUGCGCCCAUAGCAUUGCGCUGCGCCAAACAAGCCAUCAACGAGGGGAUCCAGCUCAGCAUCAAGGACGGUUACGAGGUCGAGCAGAAGUGUUACGAGAUCAACAUCCCCACCAAGGACAGACAGGAGGGCAUGAUCUCAUUCAUGGAGAAGAGGAAGCCGAUUUACGAAGGGCAUUAGAUGUCUGCACUUGUUUAUAGAGCUUACAUGAGCUUUAAAUGAAGUAAUUUUGUAAUAAUUGUGUCAAACAUAUCAAGAAAAUAUUACAAGGGUAUAAUAUCAUAGCUAUAAUUAAUGGUUAUGAACUAUAUGAACAAUGAAUAGGGUACUUUCCUUAUGCUAUUUCUUUUAUAAUAUUUUAUACGCAAUAGUAAAUAGUAUUCGAUGAAGUACAAAUAUGGUUCAUUUUCAAAUGAUAAAAUGAUGACCAAGAAUAGGCGCGUUAUGAUAACAUCUCGCUAUCUCCCUCAUAUCGCCGCACAAUAAUGAAAAUGACGUCAUUGCUGCAAUAUUGCAUUUCUUAUUAGUUACUUGACAUCUUUACCUCCAGCAGAUUAGACAUAGAUUUGUGGAAUUUUUAAAAUUAUAUUUCACGAUUCAGAUUUAGGCAAUAAAUGGCCAAGUUUUAUAAUAAUUGUUAACAAGAUUCACCUUUAUAUUAAUUCCAACAUGUUAAUAAAUAUUAUAUUAUUGCAUUACACAGCUAUGAUAUUUGUUUGUAAGUUUACGUUUUUUUUGCAUUUCUUAAACCUUUUUGAGGUAUUUGGGUGGGGUAUAUUAUUUUUACUGCUCAUACAUUCACAAUGUUGUAACUAGUAUCUAUGCUAAUACAAAUCACAAUGAUGAAGCAAAAUAUGUCUCUACCAAAAACAAAAUACUUUUAUUUACCUAUACUAAUAUAAUACAUAUAAUGUAAUCUAAAAGCAUUUAUAAAAUAAAUAUAUACAAGUUUUAUAUCCUUAGUAUGCAAUAUAUGCACUAUACAUUUGAAUAUAUUUUUUUAAUUUACAACUUCACAAUUCAUGGGCGAAGCCCAUGUUCAGCAGUGGAUAUCCUGCGGCUGAUGAUAAUGAUACAAUCUAGAGUAUCCCCUUAUAAACUUCAAAUACUAAGUAUUCUCAUUCAAAAGCGUUUAAUAUUUUGAAUUGGUGGAUGACUUUACAUGUUUUUGAUACUAUUUUAUUUGUUAAUUUUAAAUUGCAUUCAUUACAUUUGUCAGAAAUACUAGUUUUAUCAGAUGGUAUGUUGAUACCAUCUAAUUGUGAAUAACAUCAAGGAGAGACUAAUGUGUGCUUUGUUACAUUUAUGACUGUUUUACUUCCAUUAUAUGAUAUUCUUAUACACCAAUUAUUAUUUUGAUAUAUAUAUUUUUAUUAUUUGAUAAUUUUCCUACGAUGUAUUCAAUGAAACUGUUUGUGGUAUGUUAAUAAACGAUUUUGUUAAAAUGA